CGUCACUCAGUAUCACUCAUCAUCCCAGCCGUUGGACGCCUAAUCGACAUUCUAGGUUCUCAUUUCGUGACGCCACGCUAGUUAAGGGGGAUGACAAAUGACCCGCGGAACAAUCAACCAGACCCGAUCCGAUCAAUAAUCAUCAGCUCUUGCCUCAGCCUAGCACCCUCUUCCCCCAUCAUCACUUUAAUUUUCUCACCAGGGUCUGAAGAUUACAGACGGCCGGAUGGUGGUGCCAUUCUGGACCUGGACCCGCCUAUUGUGGUAUCGGCCUUUCCUGCACUCCGAGGCCCGUAUCUACGGAUCAUAUAUACGAUGAUACAACGUGGAAACCGCCGGUUAAUACCCAACUUCCAGAAUGUGAUCACAUGCGGUUGACAUAUCCCUCCUAUCACAGGGGAGUAAGUGCUUCCUGGUUCCAGUCAUAGUGACACCCAUCAGAGUAGCGUAAAUGCGGAUGGGCACACGUAUGUGGCCAGAAUAUCACCUCCUGACCAUGCAACCCCGUGCGUGACUCUGUUCGCAG